UGUUACCAUUUCCGGGUUUCCUGAAGCCGCCUGAGGCGGCGCAGGCGUCGGUGUUCGGCAGUGUCCGGUCUAUGGAGUCAGUUGGUGGCGGCGGCGGCGCGGAGGCAGCAGGCGGUGUCCGAGUGGGGGCCUUUGCCCCGCCAGGAUGUUACCGGGCUUGGCCGCCGCCGCUGCGGCCCACAGAUGUAGCUGGUCUUCCCUGUGCCGGCUCCGUCUGCGCUGCAGGGCGGCGGCCCGGGGCUCCAGCGACCGCCAGGAAUGGCAGAGUUUAGUGACAUUUGGAAGCUUUUCAAACAGUGUUCCAUGCUGUACACUGAAUCAAGUAAAGUUGUAUUCCACAAGUGUUCAGAAAGAAGGACAGGGAUCACAAACUCAAAAAAUGGAAAAAGUACCUUCAUUUGAUGAAGCAGCAGAAAAUAUGGGUGCAGAACUGAAAGCUCCAAUUAUUAAGCAAGAACCUCUCCAAGUAAGAGUCAAAGCAGUUCUUAAAAAGAGGGAAUAUGGACCAAAGUAUACUCAGAAUAAUUUCAUCACUGGAGUCAGAGCAAUGAAUGAAUUCUGCCUCAAAUCCAGUGAUCUGGAACAGCUUCGAAAAAUCAGACGACGAAGUCCUCAUGAAGAUACUGAGUCCUUUACUGUAUACUUGAGAUCAGAUGUGGAGGCAAAAUCUUUGGAAGUUUGGGGAAGCCCUGAAGCUCUUGCCAGAGAGAAAAAACUUCGUAAGGAAGCAGAAAUAGAAUAUAGAGAAAGACUAUUUAGAAACCAAAAAAUACUGAGGGAAUAUAGAGACUUUCUGGGAAAUACCAAGCCACGCUCUCGAACGGCAUCAAUUUUUUUUAAGGGGCCAGGGAAAGUGGUGAUGGUUGCCAUUUGCAUCAAUGGAUUAAACUGCUUCUUCAAAUUUCUUGCUUGGAUUUAUACGGGUUCAGCAAGCAUGUUUUCAGAAGCGAUACACUCUUUAUCUGAUACUUGCAACCAGGCCUUAUUAGCAUUGGGCAUCAGUAAGUCUGUUCAGACACCAGAUCCUACUCAUCCGUAUGGAUUUUCAAAUAUGCGCUAUAUUGCUUCACUAAUUAGUGGUGUUGGUAUAUUCAUGAUGGGCGCAGGAUUAUCUUGGUACCAUGGAAUCAUGGGAUUGCUCAAUCCUCAACCAAUAGAAUCUCUUCUAUGGGCAUACUGUAUUUUAGCGGGAUCAUUAGUAUCUGAAGGAGCAACACUUCUUGUUGCUGUAAAUGAGCUUCGUAGGAGUGCUCGGGCCAAAGGAAUGUCAUUUUACAAGUAUGUAAUGGAAAGUCGUGAUCCUAGUACAAAUGUUAUAUUACUGGAGGAUACUGCAGCAGUGUUGGGAGUGACAAUAGCAGCCACUUGUAUGGGCCUAACCUCCAUAACAGGGAACCCACUGUAUGACAGCCUGGGUUCUUUGGGUGUGGGCACCCUAUUAGGCGUGGUCUCAGCAUUCCUCAUCUACACUAACACAGAAGCACUCUUAGGGCGAUCCAUCCAGCCAGAACAAGUACAACGGCUUACUGAACUCCUGGAGAACGAUCCAUCAGUAAGGGCAAUUCAUGAUGUUAAAGCCACAGACCUGGGAUUAGGGAAAGUGAGAUUUAAGGCAGAAGUGGAUUUCGAUGGACGAGUUGUUACGAGAUCGUAUUUGGAAAAACAAGAUUUUGACCAAAUGCUACAAGAAAUUCAAGAAGUGAAGACUCCUGAAGAACUAGAGACCUUUAUGCUUAAACAUGGAGAAAAUAUUAUUGAUACUUUAGGAGCUGAAGUAGAUAGACUUGAGAAGGAACUGAAAAAACGAAAUCCUGAAGUUAGACAUGUAGAUUUAGAGAUACUAUAGACUUGAUGGGAUGAAUCGCCUUGGAACCAAGUUUGCGAAGACUACUUUCCCACCCUGAGGGAGUCAUUGCCAUUCAGAAGCCGUUUAUUUGAAGAUGGAGGAAGUAUUUAUAUGAAAAGGGCAAUUCAACAGUCCAUAGAACUAAAACAGCUUCUUCUAAGAGACAUAUUACAAGUUGAAUCAAUUUGGAAAUCAUGUUUUUAUGUUUCAAUGGGAAACGUUUUAGUUACUUAAAUUGUUCAUAAUUUCUUAUUUUAGCCUGUCAGUGUGUGUUGUACCUGCAAUCAUGUUUCCUUCCUUCACAUGGGUAAAAAUAAGCAGCAUCCAUAAGAUUCAGACUUUUUAUUUUGUUGCCAGUGAAGAUUUCACUCCAUCAAAACCUGUCAGUCUUGAACAUUCUGGCUAAAUCUUGUAUUCUGGUUUUUAAACCAGUCACUCCGUUUUCAAAGUCUGUCUUUCCAUAUAGAAUGUAGAAAUUAUUUCGACAUAGCUUGUAUUUUUGCCCUGAGCACUAAGAGGAACACUGUCCUAAUAACUUGGUUAUCCAUAAAUGUUCAUUCCAGUAGGACUUUGUUACUAAAUUGAAGGAAGAUAACUUCAGUACACUCUUGUAGGUCAUGCUAGUUGCCAUUUUGUAAAAUUUCUUUUCUCUCCUUUGUUUUUUUCCCUUAUUUAGUUCAAUUUUUCUAAUGGUAGGAAGUAUAACUCUAGAUGUUUCCAUGGGCCAGUGUGAUGACUGGUUUUUAGUGUUUGUUUUUGACUGGCUCCAGUGCUGCCGUGUGCAUUUACUAGGAGAUAAUGCAUUUAUAAGCAUUUUGACAUUCUGUAAAGUGGACUAGAAAUAUUUAUAAUUUUACAGACACCACAGCGUUUUAUUUUUAAUUUAUUUUAAAAGAGGCACUACUUAUGUACAUCUGAACUGUGUGAUAUUCCUUGCUUUCAGAGAUAGAGAUGUAAACCUCUAAUACAGAAACUUGUGACCAUGACUUUAUUUAAUGUCAUAGUCAAUAGUAUAACAGGAGUUUCUUGCAGUUACAAAUGGGCAUUUAGCAUAAAGUAUGAUUAUAAAUUAUGUAAGUAGCUUUCUAAUGAUCAUAAGUAUCAAGGUGAAAAAACGUGCAAUUCAGUAAUUAAAAACUUAGUGCAAAACUACAGCUGUGUCUCUCCAUUCAUCAAACCAGUUCCCAUGCACUUUAAAUUGUUCAGGGACCGAUGAGCAUUGUCCAUGCGAGAGUGAUGGCUGGAUGAAUAGUCUCUCUGCUAGAUACAGGGGUGUUUAAGGACCUAGGUCAGUGUCUAUAAACUUAUUUAGAUUGAAGUUUAUCAAUUAUAGCAAAUUGUAAUGCCAGAAGCAAAAAAUAAACGUUUGAUUAAAGGGUUUGUAGUGGUAAUCUUUCGACCCAGAACUGUCGUUUACUGGAAAAUUGUGAAAAUCUAGCUUGCUGCACAUUUUUUACCAUUACAAAGCAUUUUGCAUGCUGUACAUUUUAAGUGAAAUAACAUUCCAAUUUUAUUUUUUAAGAUACAAAACUCUUUUAUACAUAUACCUGCGUACACCCACAAUUUGUUCUUACAGUUUCAAAUUCUUCACCCUUUUUAAGAAACUUUUUUUACCCAUUAUAAUUCACUCUAUAUUUUGUAUGUCUGCCUUCCUCCCCUUUCCCACCUGCCAUUUUGUUAUCCAUGUCAGUGCCAUAUGGAAAGGUACCACAUUAUAUCCAAUUUCCUCCUAGUAAAAUUACUCUGAAAAAUAUCACAUAGCUAGACAAGAAUAUUCACUUACUGAAAAAAAUCUCAAGUUGAUGUGCAAUAGUUAUUCCAAAUGGUAGAUUUUGUUUAAAGGACUCCCUGAAAGAAGCCAAUCCCUGAUACUUCUUUCACUUUUCUAAUCUGAUCUUGACUGAAGUAAUACCUAAUUGAAGGUUAUGUUUCUGUCCUUUCUUCCUGGUCUUGUCCUGCACUGAUACUUUAAACUUUAAGUGAAAUUUGACAUAAAGAAGUACAGCCUGUCUAGGAAUUUAAGGUAUAACAACACUGGUCUUUGUUUUCUUUUAAAUGAGAGUCAAAUUUGAAUUUUGAAAUCAGUGAAUUUUAUCCUCUUUCUUUAAAAUUAAGAUAAUAUCUAAUGUUGGACAGAGAAGAGGUCAGUUAAGGCCAUUACUUCUCUUUGUAUUAAGCUGAAAUCUGGAAACUAGCAAAGGCGAAGUAUACUUGUUUUCAGCCCUGGUUGUAAGUAACAGGCCCCAGACUAUGGAAGGUGGCAUGUCUCUCAGACCACAGCAGAGGAUGAGGAGUAGAGAUCUAUUUUUAAGUGGACUAUGUUAGUGGCCAGAAAUAUUCAGUUCCAAAGAGGGAGAUUCCUGAACAUAUACUUAGGAAACUGUAAGAUAGAAUCAGAUUGGAAAACCUUCAAGUUUUUAAAAAAAUAAAUUUAUAUCUGCAUACAUCCUCCUACACACCAAAUAACCCAGAACAACAAAAUGGCAUUAGAUUUGAAUUUUGGGUAUAUGACUUCAGUGUGUUACCUUAAUUAUCCUAUACUUUGGGUAAUGCUUUUUGGUAAAAUUACACCAUCUAGAGGAAAUAGCUUAAGUUUUAAAUCUGAUAACUUUUUGAGAAUGCUGGAAACUACAGAAGAUUGCACAGGCAUUUGGAAUUUAUACUAUUUUUCUUAGAUUGCAUUUGUCAAGCUUUGGCAUUUCUUUUAAAUGUGAUGACCCCCAAUUUACCAAACUGUCAGAAGUCAGUGAAGCAAAGAAUUGAAGGUAAAAUGUUGAUUCAGAGAUUGUCCCCCCUAAAUCCCUCAUCUUUGUCUCUGAAGUGGAACUUUGGAAAGCGUUUAUGUAGAAGAUUGGUCUGGCAGCCUUUAUAUUUGCAUUUAAGUUUACUAGCAUCUCUAGACUUGGUUUUAUGGAAAAGAAAAUUUUUGUUUCUAUUACAUUGUAUUUCAUCUGUCUGAUCUCUGUGGCAGGUUAGAUUUCCCUGGUCCCUCAGGAUGCGUUCUUCCUUAAUAAAUGUUGUAUGUAAAUAAGAA